CUUCUACUCUCUCAUCGUCUCUGCAGGCGCCCGGCUUACAGGACCUGUGAUACCAUGAAGGGUUUGAAGACUGUCACAAUAGCGUAUGUACUCACCCUUUUAUUACUGGCAACAUUUAUCUCCCAGUCAUGGAGCACGCCAAAGGGCUCAUUCCAGCGAAGAAACUGGACCCCGCAGGCUAUGCUGUACCUCAAGGGCACCCAGGGAAGAAGGUUCAUCUCAGAGGACCGAAAAGAAGGAGAUGUCUACGACACUCUUCACCUAGAGACUCGUAGUCAGAACACAGAGAAGCUGACUGUGGACCAGGCUGCUACUGUUCUGCUUAAUUUCCUACAGCAGGCUAGAGAGGGAGCUGAUGAAAACGCAGAUGAGGUGUAUAUCCAGGAGCUACCAGUGUGGAAGAGGGAAUAUUUCUAAUGUUUGUAUCAUUGCCAGACAACAACCUCUGAUUUGUUCUGUGUGGGGGGAAAGGAAGCUGUAAAUAUAAAUUCUCUAAAUAUGAAAUGUGAUGUUUUAAUAAAAAGAGUUUCAUUGAAACUGUU